AUGGCAAAACAGAGUUACUUCCUCUUGUUUCUUUCUCUUGUAUCACUCUCUUCCUCAACAACUACAACUCAUGAUGUCUUCAACCCACCAACGGUCUUCCCUACAAACCCUACAACCACACCACCGGCUACUACAUUUCCUCCAGUGACCAUAACGCCAACAAAUCCAGCCACAUCAGUUCCUCUUACCCCUCCGGUCACAACAGUCCCUGCUACACUCACACCACCCGUGACCAACCCAGUGACUCAGUAUCCUCCAACACAACCCUCAGGGACGGUUCCGGUUCCUGUGAUUCCACCAAACUCUCCUUCGGCUUCAGGUCAAAGCUGGUGCGUGGCAAAGCCUGGAGCCUCUCAGACUUCACUCCAACUGGCUCUAGACUAUGCCUGCGGGUUAGGUGGAGCUGAUUGCUCUCAGAUACAGCAAGGAGGCAACUGUUAUUCGCCUAUCAGUCUUCAGAACCAUGCCUCAUUUGCCUUCAACAGCUAUUACCAGAAGAACCCUUCUCCACAAAGCUGUGAUUUUGGCGGUGCAGCCUCGGUAGUUAGCACCAACCCAAGCACUGGUUCUUGCAUUUACCAGACAGGCUCAUCAACAUCAACAACGCCAACACCAUCGACACAAACAGUGAACCAGCCUCCUGUUACAUCAACACCAAUAAUACCAACAGGAGGCGGGAUAAUCGGGGUUGGAACUCCACCAGCAGUUUUUAACCCAGCGAAUCCUUUACCAAAUACUCUGAACAAUCCAUCAUCUGGAGGUCCAGCGGUUUACGGGUUUGAUGGUUCACCUCUUGGGAACAAUCCAACAUCAUCAGAGUCUACUUACUUGCAGAUUUACUUUAGUCACACUAUGAUGGUAACAUUGAUGAUUCUUCACUCAAUGCUAUUCCAUUAG